AUGUCAGUAAAAUCCAAAGGAAAGUCUCCCAUCGCCACCGAAAGUUCUCCCAUUGCCGCGUUCGUCAACGAUUUUUCACCAGAGCCUAUUCAUCAGACGGAGGAACACAAAGUGUCUCUGUUGGUGGAAUCAGGAGUUGGUAUCAAUGUCUGGAACUACCGUGGACAGAUUGCCACAGUGAUUGUGUUUGAUUAUUUGGGUUGA